AACCGCUUCAUUUUCUCCUCUCUGUCCAUCCGUGCUGCUGUUAGAUUAGUCUUAGGUGUUUUAAGUAUUUAGUUUAUUUUUUUUUUAAUUUUCUUUUACGUUUUGUAUCCAUAUUUAGUUUGAGAAGUCACGAUGAUGAACGCGCGCUCUCCUCUCUCUGUCAAGAACGAAAAUACUCUCAACACUCAGAUGACCGACAUGUCCCUGAACAAAGAAAACACGCCUCCGAGUCUGAACAGCAGCCGCGUCCUGGCGUCCAAAACGGCGCGGAGGAUCUUCAACGAGGCCGCGCCCCAAGCUGUGAAGAAGAGCAGCAUCUCGAUGGAGAAAGAGGAGCCGCUGCUGAAGGAGAACCCUCGUCGCUUUGUCAUCUUCCCCAUCCAAUACCACGACAUCUGGCAGAUGUACAAGAAAGCAGAGGCGUCCUUCUGGACAGCAGAGGAGGUGGAUCUGUCCAAGGACCUGCAGCACUGGGACACUCUGAAGGAUGAAGAGCGUUACUUCAUCUCCCACGUCUUGGCCUUCUUUGCCGCCAGUGACGGCAUCGUCAAUGAGAACCUGGUGGAGCGCUUCACACAGGAAGUUCAGGUAACCGAGGCCAGAUGUUUCUACGGUUUCCAGAUCGCCAUGGAGAACAUCCACUCAGAGAUGUACAGCCUCCUGAUCGACACCUACAUCAAGGAGCCCAAAGAGAGAGAGUACCUGUUCAACGCCAUUGAGACUCUGCCGUGCGUGAAGAAGAAGGCCGACUGGGCGCUCAACUGGAUCGGCAAUAAGAACGCCACCUAUGGAGAGCGUGUUGUGGCCUUUGCCGCCGUGGAGGGAAUCUUCUUCUCGGGGUCGUUUGCUGCAAUCUUCUGGCUGAAGAAGAGAGGUUUGAUGCCCGGCCUGACCUUCAGCAACGAGCUCAUCAGCAGAGACGAGGGUCUGCACUGUGACUUUGCCUGUCUGAUGUUCAAACACCUGCUGAACAAGCCGUCCUCACAAACGGUUGUCAGCAUCAUCAGGAACGCUGUUGAGAUUGAGCAGGAGUUCCUGACCGACGCUCUGCCGGUGAAGCUGAUCGGGAUGAACUGCGAUAUGAUGAAGCAGUACAUCGAGUUUGUAGCUGACAGACUGCUGCUGGAGCUCGGCUUCUCUAAGAUCUACCGGGUGGAGAACCCCUUCGACUUCAUGGAGAACAUCUCUCUGGAGGGAAAGACCAACUUCUUUGAGAAGCGGGUUGGCGAGUAUCAGAGGAUGGGCGUGAUGUCGGGUCCCACAGACAACGCCUUCAGACUGGAUGCUGACUUCUGAGCGCAGCGGCAGAGCUCACACACUCCAGCAGUGACACUACCUCUGCCCCAGUGCAUGCUGGGACUCAUGCACAAACUUAUCAUUAACUUUUUACAGUAAUUGUUGUUUGUAGAUAAACUUUAAUAACCUGCUUUUUACCUCCAUUUUGUAAUAAAACUUCAGAUUUUUAUAAAUAUGUACUUUUAGAAAAUGUUAAUAUGUACAGGUUUUUUUGUUUUUG